AUGGACUCUGCAAAUCUGCUGAACUUCGUCAAUGCCUUCUCCAUGCUGGGCUACGUGAAGACGGCCACGGUGAGCCCGAGCGGGCUGAACUACGAAGAGACGCUGAGCACGCUGCGCUACGCGUCGCGUGCGCGCGACAUUGUGAACGUGGCGAGGGUGAACGAGGACCCGCGCGCCCGGCGCAUCCGGGAGCUGGAGGAGCAGAUGGAGCAGAUGCGGAGGGACAUCCAGGGCAAGGACCCCGCGUACGUCGCCGAGCUGGAGGAGAAGCUGAGGCUGCUGGAGGCGGAGGCUCAGAAGCGGGCGGCGGACCUGCAGGCGCUGGAGAAGGAGCGGGAGAAGAACGAGAUCCGCGAGAGGAUGCUGCGUGCGACGGAGGCCGAGCGGCAGGAGCUGCUGCGCCGGGCCGGCGCUCUGGAGCAACAGGUGGAGGAGUCACGGCGGCAGGCGGAGUACCACGAGCAGGCGAACCAGCGGCUGAAGGAGGAGCACGCGCAGCGGGAGCGGGAGUUGCUUGAGCAGGUGCGGCACCGCGAGGCGGAGGUGGAGAGCAUUCGGAAGCGGAGGGACGCGGAGCUGCGCAGCGGGCAGGAGCAGUUGCGCAAGACGAUGGAGGACCUUGAGCGCGAGCGGCGUGAGCGCGAGGAGGCGCUGCGUGUGCUGGGCGAGCGGCAGGAGCAGCUGAGCGCGGCGCUGCGAGACUCGCGGCAGUCGGAGGAGCAGCGUGCGGAGCUUCAGCGCCAGAACGCCCAGCUCGACGAGCGCAUGCGCCAGCUUGAGUCGGAGCGCGAGGCGCAGCAGCGGCUGUUGCGCGAGCUGGAGUUGCUGCGGGAUGAGCACGAGAGCCUGCAAAACGCCGUCGUGCUGCUGCGCACCGAGGUGGAGGAGUUGGAGCGGCGCUACGACGAGACGACGUACCACCUGCUUACUGUGAUGGACCUGCAAGCCGAGUCCUGCGGCGCGCUCGUGGACCGCCUUGGCAUGGAGCACGAACAACAGCUGAACGAAAAUGAACAGUGGAAUUCCGAAGACCGUGCUGCGCUGGAGCGGCGCCAUGAGGAGGCUGUGGCUGAGAGAGACGCGGCACUCUCGGUAGCGCAGGCCGCCCUGAAUGACAGCCAGCGCCGUAUAGAGGAAUCAAUGGCGGCGGGAGAGAAACUGCGCGCGGAACUUGAAGCCCUUCAGAAGGAAAAUGACGCGAUCCGUGCCAACACGAGUGCCAUGGAGCGGGCGAAGGGCGAGGUGGAGCAGAGCCUGGAGGCGGUGACGGCGGAGCGCGAUGGGCUGCAGGAGCGCCUGACCGCCACGAGUGACGCGCUGAGCAGCCAGCUGCGCGAGGUGGAGCGGGCGAAGGGCGAGGUGGAGCAGAGCCUGGAGGCGGUGACGGCGGAGCGCGACGCUGGGGUUGAGAAGUUGGCCUCGGAAAAGGCUAUGACGUUGUCUUGGCAUCGUGUGAGAAGUUACGUGAGGAAUUGUCGUUGGCUGAGGCCUCGUACCGGGAGGAGGUGA